CUCAUAUUCUCUCUCUCUCUUUUACUCAAAAAAAAAAAAAAAAAUUCUCUCUCUCUCUCUCUGUCUCACUACAUAUGCAGAUGAUUUGCAGGACAUCAUCUGCCAUGGCUGCCUUUCCUUGCUCCAGGGUGAGGAGUGGGUUCCGUGUAUGGCCUGGCGUGAGACAACUGUGCUUCAGAAAAGGCCUUUUGUAUGGAUUCCUUCGAUUCUUUUCUACUCCAUUAAAGACCUUGCGUGGAGCUAGUCGAUCACUUAGAGUUAAUCAAUUUUGCAGUGUUGUUAACCUGUCUCCUACAUUGCAAAUUGAAUUGGUACCAUGUUUGAGUGACAACUAUGCAUAUCUUUUGCACGAUGUAGAUACAGGCACAGUUGGUGUUGUUGAUCCUUCUGAAGCUAUGCCUGUUAUAGAUGCUUUGAAAAAGAAAAACCGAAAUUUGACAUACAUAUUGAACACCCAUCAUCAUUAUGAUCACACGGGAGGAAAUGAGGAGCUUAAAGAAAGGUACGGUGCAAAGGUGAUUGGUUCAGCAAUAGACAGAGAUAGGAUUCCUGGUAUUGAUAUUAUUUUGAAUGAUGGAGACAAGUGGAUGUUUGCAGGCCAUGAGGUGGUUGUAAUGGAAACCCCUGGCCAUACUCGAGGUCACAUUAGCUUCUAUUUUCCUGGAUCUGGGGUAAUUUUUACUGGAGACACUUUGUUCAGCUUAUCGUGCGGAAAGCUUUUUGAAGGAACCCCUGAACAGAUGCUAUCUUCCCUUAAAAAGAUCACGGCUUUGCCAGAUGAUACAAAUAUAUAUUGUGGUCAUGAAUAUACAUUGAGCAAUUCAAAGUUUGCAUUGUCUAUAGAACCCCAGAAUGAGGCACUUAAGUCCUAUGCAUCCCAUGUAGCCCAUCUUCGCAGCAAGGGCUUGGCAACGAUUCCAACCACACUUAAGAUGGAGAAGUCUUGUAAUCCAUUCCUUCGCACAUCAAGUGUGGAUAUCCGACGGUCCUUGAAUAUUGCAGACACAGCUGAUGAUGCAGAAGCCUUGGGCAUAAUCCGCCAAGCAAAGGAUAAUUUUUAAGAUGUUUUGGAGCCCUGUUUCUUUUUGUGUAUAGGAUACAGUAAGGCAUCCAUCUUUGAAAUAAACUCCAAUGAGAUAUCUUUGUUAAUAUACUUUUUAUAUUUUUUGUGUUGUCAGGAAUUUCUUAAGCUAGACUACUAUACAUAUAUUGCUUAAAAGAAUAGGAUUGUUAUUGAAUUACUUCUUGUAUUCCUGGAAGAACAUACAGCAUGUAAUGAUCAAAAUUAAAAUUGCUUCAUCUAAUGAAAAUUGGUCGAGAUUUGUUCAAUUA